CAACUCUCCACAUUUCCGUUACAUUCAAGGCAACUACACAUCGCCAAAACAUUCACCAUCACCAUGAGUUCAGACAGCAAUGAAGAAAAAACACUACAUCUCGUGGGCAUCGGCGUCAAACACUCAAUCGCCCCACCAAUGCACAACAUGAUCGCGAAGUCCCUUGGCCUUCCAUGGACAUUUUACAGCACCGAAGUUGGUACCGUCGAGGAAGUUUCAGAGCUCGCGCGAAAAGAGUCGACGGCUGGUCUCGUGGUAACCAUGCCAUACAAGAACACCAUAAUGCCGCUUCUAGACGACUUAGACGAUCUCGCGAAAACAAUCGGAGCUUGCAACAACACCUACCGCCGGGACGGAAAAAUCGUCGGAACAAACACAGACUGGCGUGGCAUCAAGGGAUGUCUGCUCGAGAAGGGGGAGGAAAGCGCCCGACCGAGUUCUGAUCGCCCAGCAUCAGCGUUGAUUGUAGGAGCUGGGGGAGCUAGCCGCGCAGCGGCGUAUGCUCUCAGCAGCCACCUCAAUUGUCCCACCAUAUAUGUGUUGAAUCGAGAUGACGCCGAGGUAGAGGCGCUUGUGAGGGAUACUCAGAAGAUCACUCCGACUCCGAAAAUCGUUCACGUCAAGUCCAUGGAGCAAGCGUCGAGUCUGGAUACGCCAUACUACAUUGUCGGCACGGUUCCAGAUUUCGAACCACAAACUGAGGCAGAGAAGAAUGUGGCGGCGAUUCUGAGACAUUUUCUCUCGCAGAGUCCGAAGGGGGUUUUGCUGGAUAUGUGCUUCAAGCCUCGACGGACCAGAAUGAUUAAGCUUGCAGAAGAACUUGGAUGGCCGACUGUGGAGGGCACUCAUGUUAUUGGAUAUCAGAUCCAGGAACAAUGGAGGCUUUGGGCGGGUGAGGAGCGUGUCGCUCGACUUGAUUCAGAUGCAGCCUGGAAGACUCUUUUGAAUGCAGCGGAGGAGAGUACCGCUAUCAAUUUCUAA